AUGUUCAAUACUUCCUCUAUUUCGGGUCAUAUCACCCUCGAAUCUGCGGGGCUCAUCGCUCUAGCUGAUCUCUCCACUGUCGCAGUGAGGACAGCUCUUACGGGGACAGCAUCCUGGAUUGACAUCCUUGUCCUUGCCCCAGGGAUGCAUCAACAACAAUCCGCCGACGAGGUUAAUCGUGCGGAAUUUCCACAGACCGGCUCGUUAAUUAAUGGAUAUGUUUUCCGCAUCGAGAACCCCGCCACAGUCAGCUACCUACAACGUAUCGGCCGUACCGGAUGCCUCGUUACCGCUCAGGUAGAGCCAAAGCCAACCUCCAACGACCCACUAAUGAUUCCUUAUUUUGGGGGCAUUGAUCUGUCGCCACAAAACCAUCCCUUCUACAUUGCUGGAGUUUCUGUGGCUCUGUUAUAUCUAUUAUGCCCGAUAUUGACCAUCGUCGUGUUCGCACUCGUUGGCUCCAUCAGGGACUGGUGGGCAUUAGGGGUCCUGGGGAUGCUUGUUCUCUCUAGAGCAAUCAACGUGUUCAUCAUAAAGCGGAGAGUCGCGGACUCGGAGAAUUGGAAGGGGACGUUGGAGAAAGGCGAAGGAGAUCUCCUCGUAGUUUUGAGCCAGGAUCGCUGGUUCGGUUGCAGGGGGAGCUAUCUGAUGUCAAACGGGUGGACUGCAGGCCAGUGGCUACGAGACCAAGAUCGCUUAGAGAGCUUCGCUGAAGGGAUUGCUACGCUAUUGGUAUACGCAGCUGCGGCCCUUGCCGGUAAUGCAUCGACGGUGGGGAGCCUGCUUAUUGCAUUGUUGCUUCUCUGCUCUGUCGCUCUAUUGGCACUCUGCAACUCCUUCACACGUCGGCUGCAAAUGUACGAUUGCAUCGUACAGGAGGAUAAAACACUGAGGAGGCGUUAUGACCGGAGGUUGGACAUGGUCAAGGACCUUAUUGCGGAGGAAAUCAAGCAUGCAAGCGGGCAGGAUGAUCAUGAAAGUGAUCCGGGUGAAUGGGCCGUUAGCAUGGGGCUGAUUAAACGUCGUCAACUGGAGUUCAUUCUCGCUGAGAUUUUCGUGAGACCGAAGACCCCCAGUUUAUCGGUUUCUCCAGAUGCCGAGACGUGCUGA